AUGGGGAAAAGUCCUGGUUGUUCUAAAGAGGGGUUGAACAGGGGGGCUUGGACUGCUCUUGAGGACCAGAAACUCAAAGAUUACAUCAAAACCCAUGGGGAAGGGAAAUGGAGAAACAUUCCCAAAGAAGCUGGUCUAAAAAGAUGUGGAAAAAGUUGCAGGCUAAGGUGGUUGAAUUACCUGAGACCUGAUAUUAAAAGGGGUAAUAUAACCCUCGACGAAGAGGAUCUCAUCAUUAGGCUUCACAAGCUGCUAGGCAACAGAUGGUCCCUAAUAGCUGGGAGACUUCCAGGGCGAACAGACAAUGAAAUCAAGAACUACUGGAACUCAACUUUGGGCAAGAAGUUGAAAGCAGAACAAUCAAAGCAUUCCAACAGUAAUUUAAGAAAGAAAACCAAGACCAAUCCUUCAAAGAGCACUAAGGUUUCGGUUGCCCCACAGCCGGUGGAAGCCGAAAAUCCAGAAACCAGUGAAGCACCACCAGCAACCUCUGCGGACAAAAACAUGUUAAACAAUGUGGCAUUGACUUCUGAGGAAGAUGAUUCAGGCAACUUUGCAAUGGAUUUUGAUGUGGGGGAUCUUUUGAUGUCUGACAUAUCAGAUUCGGAGUUUUGGAAGCUUUGUCAUCAGUUUGAUAAUGGAAUUGAGGAAGGUGGUAACAACGGUGGCUCCAAGAACCUUUCAUACUCAGAUGAAACGCUGAAGGAAUGGGUGGCAGAUAUAUGGUAG